AUGUCAAACGAAGAUCCAAUAACCUACGAGGUCAUCGGCCGAGCCGCUGUUAUUACCUUGAACAAUCCCAAGAAGCUAAACUCACUUACUCUUCCUCAAUAUGAUGAGAUUGCAAAACUCAUUGCAAGGGCCAAUGACGAAGAAAAUACAGUCAUAACUCUCCUUCAAUCAACUGGAAGGGCAUUUUCAGCAGGUGCGGAUGCCAAAUUUGUUGGCAAGCAAGAUGCCAAGUUUGAGACUUGGUUGCGUUCGUCACUUGCCAUGCAAGUUCACUUGACCCAGACUAUAAUGGACCACAAGAAGAUUUUUGCUGCUGCCUUGAAUGGGUUCGUAAUUGGGCUUUCAGCUGCUUUAAUUAUGACGUGUGAUCUAUUAUAUGUACACGAUGUCAGCAAGACGUUUUUACUAGCACCGUUUCCCAACAUUGGUAUUGUUGCCGAAGGUGGGUCUUCUGCUACAUUCCCUAUGAGAUUAGGUUGGUCUAAAGCAUCUGAGGCUUUGCUUUUAUCCAAGCGCAUUACAGGAGAAUAUAUGUUGAAAUCGGGGGUUAUUAACAAAGCUUAUGGUGGAAAAUACAGUUCAGCUGAGGAGUUCAAUAAAGUGGUGUUGGAUGAAUUACUCAAUGCAACUGAGAAUUUGCAUCCUGAUUCGAUAUUUGAGAUGAAAGACUUGCUCAAAGCUAACUUUAAGCCUAUUAUCUCAUACGCCAACUCUCAAGAAAGUUAUUUAGGUCUUGAAAACUGGACAUCUGGAAACCCCUUGGAGAGAUUUAGAAAAUUGACCUCUGGCGAGUUGAAACACAAAAUGUAG